AUGGAGAGAUCAAACAACAUAGAUUUGAGGAAUAACUUCUAUGGCCGUUCAAGAACUUCACCAUGGAGCUAUGGAGAUCAUGCUAAUUACCAACAGGAUCAUGAUUAUCUUCUAGGGUUUUCAUGGCCACCACGAUCCUACACUUGCAGCUUCUGCAAAAGAGAAUUCAGAUCGGCUCAAGCACUUGGAGGCCACAUGAAUGUUCACAGAAGAGACAGAGCCAGACUCAGGUUACAACAGUCUUCAUCAUCAUCUUCAACACCUUCUCCUCCUUACCCUAACCCUAAUUACUCUUACUCUUCCAUGGCUACCUCUCCUCCACCUCCUCCUCUAACCCUAUUUCCCACCCUUUCUCCUCCUUCCUCACCAGGUUACAGGCCAUCUUUGGCCCGUUCCUUGAGCCCCAAGUCUAAACAUCUACCAGAAAACGCUUUUGAGACGAUAAAGCCAUCUUUUGUAGUCGAGGGUGAGGAUGCUGUACAGUUGUGCAAGGAAGAUGCUUGCAAGUUCUUGAAGAACGGUGAAAUCAUCAGCUUGGAUCUCGAGAUUGGUUCAAUCAACGAGUCAGAGGACGAUCUAGAUCUGGAACUCCGUUUGGGUUGUGCUUAG